AUGUCGAAUACAUCUCUAUCCUCAAGUGAAGACAUUUCAAGUACCAAUCAAGAGAUAAAUAAUGACCUCUCUUUGAAUUUAGAUGAACUUAAUGAGGAUUUCCCAACAACUAGAUCUGAUUCAAUAGAUUUAGAAGCUAAAUCGAAGAAAAAACAUCCAAAGCCAUAUCAUAGACGUUUACUGACCAAAAAAACAUCGAUAUAUCUCGUUAUUCUGAUUGUAGUUUGCCUAGGAGCCAUCCUAUUAUUUUCACCUUCAUUUUUACCAUCAUUUUUCAAAAAUAAAAAAACAAAUGGUAGUAAUACCUUCAAAAGGAAAACCUUAAAUAUUACUGGCGAAACUUUAAUUUCUAAUACAAAUAAACAAUUACAAUUUUCUAUCCCAAAACGAAAAGAAAAUCCUCAAAAUGGGGAGAAUGUUUCAUCAUCAUCAUCCGUAUCUCUAGUUGAACACAUAGAGGGACAGAAUCAAAGUAUUUUGAAAGAAUACCAGAAGUACACUAUGGUCAUUUACAAUAAUACUGGUUUUUUAUUGGAAGACAUAGAGUAUAGUUCGGAUUCUGGGAACUUUAUUCUCAAAUUCACACUUAUAUGA